AUGCGUGUGCAUGGUGUGUGUGGACUACCGGGUUGGAAAGCGAACCAAAGGUGGCGCGAGGUGAGUUUUGACCUUUGGGCAAACGCGACGCAGGUCUGGGCGUGUUUUCUGUGGAGGCUGGGAGCCGCGCCUGCCGUGGCUUUGCGACGCGACGCGACGGCAGCGGAGGGCGCGCACCGCACGCCGGGCCCGGCGGCGGGACCGGGCCAGCAGCAGCAGCCGCCCCCGGCCACCAAGGAGGGCGCGGGCGCCGCCGCCAAGACGCCGGGGGCGGGCUCCGCCUCCACGCCCCCGGCAGCCGCCACAGCAGCCGCCGCCUCCUCCGCCAAAGACGCCGCCGCCAAGAUAGCCGCGGACGUCAAGGCGCUCAACGGUAGCGUGACGGCGGCGAAGCUGGAGGAGUCCAAGUGGGCUCCUCUGCUGCUGCCACACCAACAGGCGCCGCCCAAGCCGUCGCCGGCGCAGGCUCAACACCACCACCAGCCUCCGCAACCCCAGCCCCAGCCGCAGCCGCAGCACCACCAGCACCAGGCGCCGCCGCAGCACCAGCACCAACACCACCAGCACCAGGCGUUCCCCUCCUACCUGCUGGCCGCCGACCCGCUCAAGCCGCACCACCCGCACCAGCAGCACCAGCAGCCGCACCACCUCUUCUGA